GGAAUCUGAUCAUGUGACUUUUAACAUGGCGACGCCCUUGGUUUCCUCCAGGAAGGGGCGGAGCCUGGACUGAGGGGCGGGUUCAGAUUCAGGUUAAAGUGGGGUUAUUCUCGCAGUCGCGAACAGCUUAGCAUGGAGGCGAACGGGUUGGGCCUAGCAUACUGACAUCUACCUCCAUCCCCCUCUGAUCGUCAGUUCUCAGGGUUUUCCGGAGCUGAAGAAUGACACAUUCCUGCGAGCAGCUUGGGGAGAGGAAACAGACUACACUCCCGUUUGGUGCAUGCGGCAGGCAGGCCGCUACUUACCAGAGUUUAGGGAAACGCGAGCUGCCCAGGACUUUUUCAGCACUUGUCGCUCUCCUGAGGCCUGCUGUGAACUGACUCUGCAGCCACUGCGUCGCUUCCCUCUGGAUGCUGCCAUCAUCUUCUCUGACAUCCUUGUUGUACCCCAGGCACUGGGCAUGGAGGUGACCAUGGUACCUGGCAAAGGACCUAGCUUCUCAGAGCCAUUAAGGGAAGAACGGGACUUAGAGCGCCUACGAGAUCCAGCAGUGGUGCCCUCUGAGCUGGGCUAUGUGUUCCAGGCCAUUACUCUUACCCGACAACGACUGGCUGGGCGUGUGCCACUGAUUGGCUUUGCUGGUGCCCCGUGGACCCUGAUGACAUACAUGAUUGAGGGUGGUGGCUCAAGCACCAUGGCUCAGGCCAAGCGCUGGCUCUAUCAGAGACCUCAGGCCAGUCACCAGCUGCUUCACAUCCUCACUGAUGCUUUGGUUCCAUAUCUGGUAGGACAAGUAGCUGCUGGUGCCCAGGCAUUGCAGCUCUUUGAGUCCCAUGCAGGGCAUCUUGGCCCACAACUCUUCAGCAAGUUUGCAUUGCCGUAUAUCCGUGAUGUGGCCAAACGAGUGAAGGCUGGGCUGCAAGAGGCAGGCCUGGCACCGGUGCCCAUGAUCAUCUUUGCUAAAGAUGGGCAUUUUGCCCUGGAGGAGCUGGCCCAGGCUGGCUAUGAGGUGGUUGGGCUUGACUGGACAGUGGUCCCAAAGAAAGCCCGGAAGCUUGUGGGGAAGACGGUGACCUUGCAGGGCAACCUGGACCCCUGUGCCCUGUAUGCAUCUGAGGAGGAGAUUGGGCGACUGGUGCAGCAGAUGCUGGAUGACUUUGGGCCACGACGCUACAUUGCCAACCUGGGCCAUGGGCUUUAUCCUGACAUGGACCCAGAACACGUGGGGGCCUUUGUGGAUGCCGUGCAUAGAUACUCACGUCUGCUUCGACAGAAUUGAGCAUGUACCUUUACCCUCAAGUACCACUAACACAGAUGAUUGUUUCCGGGAGAAUAAACAUUCCAGAGUUGAAGUCUA